UGUAUACCUUAUCAGGGAAAUUUUGAAGAGAGAGAGAGAGAGGAAAUGGAGAAAUUCUUCGGGAAUGCGUACAGAGGCGACCCGGGCGUUCCCCACACAGACCCGGAUCGAUUCGUGAACAUAUGGAUAGGAUCGUUCGCCUUCUCUGCCCUCACUUUUGUCAAUCCCUACAUGUGGCAACUUUCCAAUCAAUUCAACUGGCAUGACAAAGCAAUGUUAUUUGAGCAGCACCAUUGGAAGAAAGCACUGGAAAAGAAGCAGCCAUACAAAUUUAAGUGGAAUCAGUACAUGGACAAGAACACAAGGGACUCGUACUAUAUCAACUGGCCUGUCUACUUCCCUUAGACUUCUCUUUCAAUACUUUAGUUCGUUUCAAUGAACUUCGAAAACAGUGUGAGUUGUAACUCAAAACCGUCAUUUGCUAUCUUGUUAUUGGAUUGUAUACCUUUUAUCAAGUAGUAUCUUCCUUUUUAGUACUUCCUUGGAUAGAUCCGGUCACGUGAUGUAGAAUGAUGUAACAAUGAAUGGUUGAUUGGUGCUCUCCCUUGUUUGAAAGUUGAUUUUGAUAUAAAAA